AUGUCUCCGGCGGCUGAGGCGGCUGGAAACGUCGAGCGGCGACGGCCCAUAGCGAGCGUCAGGGACGGCCGGGGCUGGGGCAGCGGCGGGCCGGCCGGGGCGGCGCUCCUCGGCCUGUUGCUGCUUGGCCUCGUGCUGUACCUGGUACCCGCGGUGGCAGCGCUGGCCUGGCUGGCCGUGGGGGCUACCGCGGCCUGGUGGGGGCUGAGCCGCGAGCCCCGAGGUUCGCGCGCCUUGUCCCCGCUGGUUCGGAACGCUCGGCGUCGGCGAACACUGCUCGUCUCGCCUCCGACCAAGUCGGCAGUAAACGGAAAUCUCCUAGAGCCGCGGACUCUAAUGGAGGGACCCGAUCCCGCAGAACUGCUCCUUAUGGGCAGUUACUUGGGCAAGCCUGGCCCACCGCAGCCUGCCCCCGCUCCGGAGGGCAGGGACCUGCGGGAAAGAGGUCGCCGCCCACCCGCCCGCUCCCCGCUGCCCUCUUCUCUGGCUCAUCGCGUUCACCACGAUUACCCCUCUCUCCCCACUCCCGUCCUCCGACCCUCUAGGAGGCCUUCCCACCGGGAUUGUGGGACUUUAUCAAAUCGGUUUGUAAUAACACCUCGAAGAAACUAUCCGAUCCAGCAGGCCCAAUAUUCCUUUUUGGGGGUACUUCCCACAGUGUGCUGGAAUGGUUAUCACAAGAAGACUGUACUAUCUGUUCGUAAUUCCAAGAUGGUGUGUAGCCCAGUGACUGUGAAGAUUGCCCCUCCUGACAGCAAAUUCACUCGUUCUCCAUUAUCAGAGCAGGUAAUGAACUCAACACUGUCCUCACCAUCAAGUAAUGCCCCAGACCCAUGUGCAAAGGAGACUGUCCUGAAUGCCCUCAAAGAGAGGAAGAAAAGGACAGUGGAGGAAGAAGACCAAAUAGUCGAUGAUGGCCAGGAAAAUAAAAGAAGGCGUCACGAUAGCAGUGGGAGUGGACAUUCAGCAUUUGAGCCCCUGGUGGCCAAUGGAGUCCCCACUUCUUUUGUGCCUAAGCCUGGAUCUCUGAAAAGGGGUCUCAAUUCUCAGAGCUCAGAUGACCACUUGAAUAAGAGAUCCCGCACCUCUUCCAUGAGUUCCUUGACAAGCACAUACACAGGUGGCAUCCCUAGCUCCAGCCGCAAUGCCAUUACCAGUUCCUAUAGCUCUACACGAGGCUUCUCACAGCUCUGGAAGAGAAGUGGUCCCACUUCAUCACCCUUCUCUAGCCCAGCCUCAUCCCGCUCCCAGACACCAGAGAGGUCAGCAAAGAAAAUAAGAGAAGAGGAGCCGUGUCCUCAUUCCAGUUCUUCAGCACCAUUGGUGACAGACAAGGAGUCCCAGGGAGAAAGGCUUGCAGAUACAACCACACAGAAGAAACAAAACUCGUGGAAUUCUCCAUCUACACCUGGCAACUCUGGGCAGCGUAAACGGAAGAUUCAGCUGCUGCCCUCUAGGCGAGGGGACCAGCUGACGUUGCCUCCACCUCCCCAGCUUGGUUAUUCAAUCACUGCAGAAGACCUAGACUUGGAAAAGAAAGCUUCAUUACAAUGGUUUAACAAGGUUUUGGAGGACAAGUCUGAUGCUGCCUCAAACUCCGUCACUGAGAACCCACCUACCACUCAGCCGCCUUUUACUUUUACCCUGCCCUCUGCUGGGACUGCUUCCUCACCAGCCUCCCUGGCUACCCCAAGCACUAACAUGCUGUUAGAGAGCUUGAAGAAGAUGCAGAAUUCCCCGGGCCUGCCAUCCUUCCCAGAAUCUGCUGGAGUGACAACCACUGUGGCCCAUUCGCCUCCAAAGACACCCAGCCUUCUGGCCCCUCUUGGCUCUUCACAGUCAGGGCCCAUCCCAGGCACCUCUUCAGAUUCAAAAUCCACAGUCACUUUCAUGGGGCUGACCCCUGCUUCUUCCACGAUAUCAGUCACUGACAACACCAAGUCACCUCCAGCCCUUCAGGCUGAGACACCUGCCAAAUCCCAAGCACAAUCUGCCCCAUUCCCCAACCCUAAGCAGAGUUUUCUGUUUGAAAUGCUGAGCACCCAACCUUCUAACCCUUCUUCCCCUGCUGCUCCUGGUACGUCUUCAGCAUCUCUCAUGUUCAAGCCCAUUUUUACAACCCCACCUAAAAGUGAGAGUGAAGGCCCCUUGUCGGGUGGCCCUUCAGUCACAGCUUCUUCCAGCUCGCCCCUCCCCACAACGACCAGCACCUCAACCCUGACUUUCAAGCCCAUCUUUGAUAGCCUGGGGCCACCUACGUCUGUGCCCUUAUCAACUCCCUUCUCCCUCAAGCAAACAACUACUUCAGCCACUGCUGCAGCCACAACGGCCCCUCUCUUCACUGGCCUGGCCACUGCCACCACUACAGUGGCUUCUAUUACCACAGCCAGUACAGCCGCCAACUCUGCUUCGAAGCCUGCUUUUGGCUUUGGUAUAAACAGUGUGACCAGCACCAUGGGCAGCGUGACUAGCACCACUACUUCUAUUUCACAGCCUUUCCUGUUUGGGGCUCCGCCUGCCUCUGGUGCCAGCUUUACCCCAGCCAUGGGCUCCAUAUUCCAAUUUGGCAAGCCUCCUGCCAUGCCCACAUCAACAACAGUCACCACCUUUGGCCAGUCCCUUCCCAGUGUUGUUCAGACAGCCACCAGCAGCAGCACUGCCGGCUUUAGUGGUUUUGGCAGCACGCUUACAACCUCAGCCCCGGUCACCACCAGCCAGCCUACGCUGACAUUCAGUAACACGACCACCCCAGCGUUCAACAUUCCCUUUGGCUCAAGCACCAAGCCCCCUCUUCCACUGUAUCCAGGAGCCAACCCCCAGCCUGCAUUUGGGGCCACUGAUGGGCAGCAGCAAGGGGCAACCAAGCCUGCUCUUGUCCCAAGUUUUGGCAGCUCUUUUACUUUUGGGAACUCUGCAGCCCCAGCCCCAACUGCAACUCCAGCACCAACCCCAGCCCAGCCAGCCUUUGGCAGCGCUACACAGUCAGCAUUUGGUGGUUUGAAAACCACAGCCUCUGUCUUUGGCACUGCUGCCAGCACCCAGCCAGCCUUUGGCAGCACCACAGCUGUUUUUUCCUUUAGUGCAGCCACCACCUCUAGCUUUGGAGCUACAACCCAAACCAUCAGCAGUGGGACCAGUAGCUCAGUGUUUGGCAGCACAACUCCAUCACCUUUCACGUUUGGGGGAUCGGCAGCCCCAACUGGCAGUGGGGGCUUUGGGAUCAAUGUGGCUACCCCAGGCACCAGCUCCACCUCUGGAGCUUUUAAUUUUGGAGCAGGACAGAGUGGGACCACAGGCACCACCACCCCCUUUGGCGGAGGCUUGAGUCAGAACACCCUGGGCACAUCUAGCCAGACCACACCCUUUGCCUUCAAUGUGGCCAGCACGCCUGAGAGCAAGCCUGUGUUUGGAGGUACCUCCACACCCACCUUUGGUCAGAACACCCCUGCCCCUGGAGUGGGCACAUCAGGCAACAGCCUCUCCUUUGGGGCGUCCUCAACACCCACCCAAGGCUUUGUUGGAGUCAGACAUUUCGGAUCAGCAGCCCCUUCGUUUUCCAUUGGUGCGGGAUCCAAGACCCCAGGGGCCCGACAGCGACUGCAGGCCCGAAGGCAGCACACCCGCAAGAAAUAGCCUUUGUCCCUUGCCCCUGUACCCUCCCCCACCCCACCACCCAGAUCUGGACCUCAGCACCUGCUAGGAAGAGCCUCUGACCUUUCAAGUUCCAUAAAGCAAACUUACCCAAGAUCUCUGGCUUCAGCCACCAGCAGGGUAAUGGCAGCCCCUUUCCCUUCUGGAGGAAGCAGAAACCUCAGAGAGGGAGAGGCAGGAUAUGGCUGGGCAGAAGUCUGAUACCUUUACUUGAACAGUUCACUGGUGAGAGCUAAAGAAACAUCUGUACAUACUGUUUACUUCCCUGACAGUUGUUUAGUGUAUAACCUUAGUCAGGUGGCCUCCCUUCCUGCCUUUUCCCUGAAGAGCCAUCUUUCCUGGAAGGUGUAAGGUACCACCCACCUGGAUAUCCAGUGUGCAUUUGAUCGGAUUGGGGGAAAUGGUUUAUCCCAAAAGCUUUACCUUGCUUGGCUUGGCUAUGAUUCUCUUCUUCUAGUCAUUUUAGGGGACUGUUUCCCCAUUUCUUGCUGCUUUACCCCUCACUGGUUCCUUGCAGAAUUUAUUCCUUUUAAAAUGAUCUUGAAUCUAGCUUUGCCUUGGAGACUCUAGUGGGUGCUGCUCCUGCCAUUCCAUCUCCUCCUGCCAAGUCUGAGUCACUGUCUCAUCUCCAAACCCUCUGCCAGUUUGGUCCCUAAAAGCCUGGUGGCUCCAGACUGUUAAGCCUGGCAGAUCCAGGGGUGAGAUACCUCACUGUGGGAGAGAGAAGCUCUUGGAGCAGGCAGGAUGCCCACGAGUUUCAGCUGCUUCCUCGCCACCCUACCCCGCUGCCUCAUUGGGCCAUCAUCUGCCUCUCCGGGAUUGUACGUUUCAAGCCUUGUCCUGUGUUACUUUGUCUGACCCUCAUGUCUAUUGCUCUUUGAAUCGAGUUUGGAGGAAGAAUUUAAUUGUAUGAGUGGCGGCAUGUUGGUAGUGCCGGACUUAACUGUUUCAAGUUUUCUGGGGCCUAGCUAAUUGAAUGUGGAAAGUAGCUCCACUUUAUGGCUACAAGUGCUGACUCCUGAAUUUUCAAAUGGUGUUUUGACUUUAAGGGCUGGCAGCCCAGGAGGAUGGGGCCCAGGGGAAGCAAAGACCUCUUCCCUCUGCUAUUUCUCUCCCAUUUAUCUGACUUCAGUGUGGGCUAGAUCACGCCUAGUAUAUGUUAGGAAACCUAAAUUAAUGAACCAUACUUUUAAAAUUGUAUCUCAGCUGUUAUCCCCAACCCUUCCCCUUUUCUGCCAGUCAACAUGCCCCAGGUCUAAGAGCCAUGCUGCCAUGUCCAUCCUCUUUGGGAGAAGUAUGAAUGCGUGUGUCUAAAUUAAAAGAAAAAAAAAAUAUUUAAACAUUUUUUAACAAAAUAAAAAUUUAUUUUUGUAUUUAAGCUAAAUUGCCUUUUAAAUUCCUUCAAGCUUGGUUCAUUGAGGUGGUUAAGCAUAAACGCUGUUGACUAGGAACUAGCUGUACAGUUAAGUUAAAAGUUAAGCCUGUGUGAAGAAGGGGCUCAAGUGCUGUCCCAGGCAGCUUUCCUGAGGGACUAGAGCUCUUUCCAGACACGUUAUUCAAAAUGUAAUUUUUAUUUUAUAAAUAAUGUGAUGUAGAUGUAACUAGUCCCUCCUCCCCUUUGUGACUGAGGUUGAACGUUUUGUGGCAAGGGACUGCUCCUCCCCCACCCCCAAGAAGAGCUCUGAAGUCUGACCUAUUAAUACCUAACUGUGUGUGGAGCUGAGGGAAGGAGCCUGAACCUCAAGUCUCAACUACCUGAUAGGAUUGGAGGGUGGGGGUGGGCACGGGUAUAGAAUCAAGCUUCUACCUAUACCUUACGUAAGGUAGAUCCUCCUAGUUUUAGUACUCUGAGCUAGUUUACCUCAGUUCCCCAGGCAGGACAGUAGGUCCAGGAACCCCCUAAAGAGGGUGUCCUGGCACAGCCUGCAUGUGAGUGUGUUGAGUGUGUAUGUGUACAUGUACGUGCACUGGACAGCAAUGAGAGGCUGGGACUUUCCAUUACAAAUAAAGACUUAAUUCCUGUUGAGUCUAAUUGGAAUUUUUAGUAUGAAUGUGAGAUUUUUCUCCUUGCUUGUGUCAUUAAGAAUAAAAAACUGUGAUCGAUCAUA